GUCCUCCGCCACAGGUGUUCUCCAUUGCGCCGAUUAUGGUGACGCAAUUGGUGGAUAUCGGCGGUACACGCCAUCCACUACCUUAACCUCGGGCCGCUUGGCCCGAGGUGUUUGGGACCGGGUUGCCACAAUUAGCUUUCUGCAAAACGUGUGUUCAUUUUCAAAAAUGACACCCAUGCUAAAAAACAAUGGUAUUAUUGAUAAAACUGAGAUACAUCAGUCUGCAAGUGAAUUGGAGACCCUCAGUCCGCCAUGAAGCAUCUCCUCCUGUCGGUGCUGUUUUGCUGUCUGGCCACUGCCUUCGGCGUGCCCAUAGAAGUGGUGAGGUGGUGCGUGACCUCACUCCCCGAGAAGCAGAAAUGUGAUGCCCUGGUGAUGAGUGCCCCGGUAUUCGCAUGCGUAUUGAGAACAGACGCCAAUGACUGCAUUGAGGCAAUCAAGGACGGUGACGCAGAUGCCAUCACAUUGGACGGAGGGGAGAUCUACACAGCAGGACAGCACCCCUAUAAUCUGCAGCCCAUUAUUUCUGAGAAAUAUGGCUCAGAGUCCUCCUGCUAUUACGCUGUGGCUGUCGUGAAGAAAUACACUGGAUUCUCCUUCCAAGAGCUGAGAGGGAGGAAAUCGUGCCACACCGGUAUUGGGAAGACCGCGGGCUGGAACAUUCCCAUCGGAACUCUUCUGACGACGGGUCAACUCGUUUGGAGCGGGCAGGAGGACUUGCCCGUGGAAGAGGCGGUGAGCAACUUCUUCUCGAAGAGCUGCGUUCCCGGAGCAGGGGAUUUGGUUGGUGGUAAACUGUGCGAGUUGUGCCUGAGUGAUUCCUGCAGCAAGUCGGCCUCUGAGCCCUACUUUGGAUACGCAGGAGCAUUCAAGUGUCUGAAAGACGAUGCCGGAGACGUUGCCUUUAUCAAACACAGCACAGUUCCAGCGUCAGAGAAAGCCAACUAUGAGCUGCUGUGCCUGGAUGGUACGAGAGCUCCCAUCGACAGCUACCAGACCUGUAACCUGGCCAGGGUUCCCGGCCACGCUGUGGUUAGCCGCGAUGACCCCGAACUAGCCGAGCGUAUCUUCACCGCCCUCUCCACCGUCACGGGCUUUAACCUCUUCUCCUCUGCUGGGUUUGGUGCUGCGAACUUGAUGUUCAAAGACACAACACAGAGUCUCGUCAGGCUGCCCAAUGGCACCAACUCCUUCCUCUACCUGGGCGCUAAAUACAUGGCAUCCAUCCGAUCUCUGAAGAGAGACAUGGAAAGCACGACUGCGAUCACAUGGUGCGCUGUGGGUCACGCUGAGAAGACCAAGUGUGACACCUGGAGUACCGAAACAAACAACGUUGCAUGUCAAACCAGCCAAACUGUGGAUGGGUGCUUUCAGAGGAUUAUGCGUCAAGAGGCUGAUGCCAUGUCUGUAGAUGGAGGACAGGUGUACACCGCUGGGAAGUGUGGACUGAUCCCAGCCAUGGUCGAGCAAUACAAUCAAUCACUUUGCAGUUCUUCCGCAAAUGCUCAGGCCAACUACUUCGCCGUUGCCGUGGUGAAGAGGGACUCCGGGGUGACCUGGGACAACCUGAGGGGUAAGAGGUCCUGCCACACGGGCGUGGGCAAGACCGCCGGCUGGAACAUCCCGAUGGGUCUGGUCCAUAAUCGCACCGGAAGCUGUGACUUCGGUGGUUUCUUCCCCAGUGGCUGUGCCCCGGGGUCUGAACCCUCAUCCACAUUCUGUCAACAGUGUGCCGGCAGUGGAGCCGAAGAGGACGAUGGUUCCAAGUGCAGCGCCAGUGCUAAGGAGAAGUACUACGGCUACGCUGGAGCGUUCAGAUGUCUUGUUGAAGAUGCCGGGGAUGUUGCCUUUAUUAAACACACUAUUGUGGCAGAAAACAGCGAUGGAAAUGGUCCAGCCUGGGCUGAAGCAUUAAGCUCUUCAGACUAUGAACUAAUUUGCCCUGGGGAUGUUGGUAGGGCAGAGAUAAGCGACUUUGCCUCGUGCAACCUGGCUGCAGUUCCAUCCCAUGCUGUUGUGACGCGCCCAGAUGCUCGCGAUAGAGUUGUGGCGACGCUCCUCGACCAGCAGAGCAAGUUCGGUACAGAUGUUUUGGAUCCCUCAUUCAGGCUCUACCAAUCAGAUGCUGGAAAUAACCUCCUCUUUAAAGACUCCACUAAGUGUCUCCAGGAGGUACCAAGUCAAACUACAGCCGAAGCUUUCCUGGGACCUGGCUACGUGAACGCCAUCAAGUCCCUCAGACAGUGCCCUGAGACUGCUUCUGAUCUGGAGAGAACCUGCACCUCCUUUUCCUGCAGUACUUAAGAAUGACAAGAGAUUAUGUCCGCCAGGGCGCAUUGGAUGCUUUUCUAGAAAGACAAAUCUCUCCCCAGACCCAAAUGGGGAAAUAUCUAAAUUAAUGUAUGUUGAAUAAUAGGAUAUGUAGCUGCUCCAUUUUGAGAAAUAAACAAUAAAAUACAUUUUUACAAUAA